AUGGGACGCACAUCAGGGCACACCACGAGCCCUCUAUCACUAAGCGCGACACCAGAAGAUGCACCAGAAGGCCAGAGGAGCGCGAGGAGCUCGAGGAGUUCGAUCGGCUCGACCACGCGGGAUAGCACUGGCCGCAGGUCGAGCAGCAACAGGACAAAGGUUGCUGGACCCGGAAUACCACUGAGGUCACCAUUACCUUCAUCGAGAUUACCGGAUUGGCCGCUGGAGGCCAACAAUGGGCUUUUGAACCCGCCCUCGCCUCGCAGUCGAAAUUCCUCUGCGCACGGAUCGUAUGCAUCAGCAACUACAUUUGAGGACAUCGGCGAAGAGAUCUUCAUAGCAGAUGCGGUUUCUGGUGGCAUACCGGCAACCGACAGGCAAUCGGCGCAAAAAGAUGGCAACGGAAAUGUCAUUGUUAGUGUAAGAGUGCGACCGGACGCCGGAGGCAACGAGGGGGGUAAGACAGAAGUGGAGUGGAUGGUCGAUGGGCGCAAAUCAUUGGUAUCAUACAGAGGGCGAGAGGGGGGCGAGUACAUUUACGACAACGUUUUUACGGCUCACGACAACAACGCCAAGGUCUACGACUCGGCUGCCAAACGGCUAGUGCGACGCGUGAUGGAAGGCUACCACGGUACAGUCUUUGCAUACGGAAUGACAGGUACCGGGAAGACAUUCUCGAUGCAGGGAACAGCAACGUCACCCGGUGUCAUCCCCCUGGCAAUCACCGACAUAUUCUCCUUCAUUCGGGAAAGCCCGCACCGCGAGUUCCUCCUGCGGGUAAGCUACCUGGAGAUCUACAACGAGAAGAUCCACGACCUCCUGGCAGGUCCGCCAAUGGCUGGGCAGACACAGGAAGAAGUCAAGCUGCGAGAGGACAGCAAACGAGGCGUAUACGCAACUCCGCUGAAAGAAGAGAUCGUACAGAGCCCGACACAGUUACUGCGAGUCAUCGCGCGCGGCGAUAAUGCGCGACGUGUGAGCAGCACUCAGUAUAAUGCUCGUAGCUCACGGAGUCACGCUGUCGUGCAGAUCGUGGUUGAAAGUCGUGACCGCGUUCCUGGAAGCGGCACACUGCAUGAGAGCAAGCGCGCAGCACUCGCGCCCGGCGGUGUGCGCGUAUCCACGCUGAGCCUGAUCGAUCUUGCGGGUUCGGAAAGAGCUGCCGAGAACAAGGAAAGGCGGACCGAGGGCGGGCAUAUCAACAAGAGCUUGCUAACCUUGGGUACGGUCAUCGCGCGGCUGUCUGGCGACAAGGAGAAGGAGUCGUCCGGAAAUACAGCGGACAAGGAAAAGCACUUGCCUUACCGAGACAGCAAACUAACCCGCCUGCUGCAGCCAGCGCUUUCAGGAAACUCACUUGUCAGCAUUCUCUGCACAGUCCAGCUCGGGUCUGUGGGAAGCGUCGCCUCUGCCAACUCUCAUACCGGCGAGACUUUGAACACGCUCAAGUUCGCAUCCCGAGCAAAGAACAACAUCGUCAGCCACGCCAAGAAAGCCGAGGAAGCGCUGCCCAACGGCGCCGAUGCUGGCAGCCGGGCGCUCCUGGACCGCUAUCGCAUGGAGAUCCAAGAGCUGCGCAAACAGCUAGAAAACCAAACCCGUGAGCAAACCAAUGCCCGGGACGAGGAAGAGGAGCGGGCCCGAGAGCUCGAAGCCGAGCAGCGGCACGAAGAGCAGAUGCUCGAGAUGCAGCUCGCCCGGACAGCGCUCAAGGAGCGCAUCGAGCACCUGAACCGACUGAUCCUAAGCUCAAAAUCCCUAGGCGUCAACGCCAACCGCUCCUUCGGCUACCAGCCUCGAGAGUCGCUAGCCAGCAACAACGACUCGCACAUCGUCUCCCAGCGCUCCUCGACCGCGAGCCGCGCGACGCUCGAAGUGCCGAAUCUGAACCGCAAAUCCUCGUCCAGCUCAGGCGACUCCCCUCCCUCACGACCUUUUUCAAACACCCUGGGCGCCGAACCGGGCUCCGAGGAAGAAGACUCCAUCGGCGAAUACGGCGACGGCACCGCGACUCAAGCGGCCCAGAUCCGCGCCCUUCAAGCCGACCUCGCAGACCGAAACCGGUAUAUCUCCACACUCGAAUUGCGGCUGCGCCAAGCGCGUCGCUCGAGCAACUCACGCGUCACAAUGGCGUUCCACAAGCCGCAGCUGCACGAAGAAGGCGGCGCAGAGGCGCUGCUGAAGGAGAAAGACGCCGAGAUCGCGGAACUGCGCGCAAGGCUCGAUGACAAGGAUCGCAUGGUCACGGCACUCAGGACCGCAGCGAGGCAGCGCGACAUCGCGAGCCCCAGCAAGGAGGCGCCGGCGUUGCCGGAGCGGCGCAGGAUCUCGGCACAUCGGAGUCAGAGUAGCGGUGCGAGCGAGACGCAGAAAAAAACGAUGAGCGGGCCGUUGCCGCUGCUGCUGCCGGAGAAGGAGAGUGCGGGUGGCGAUGUCGAUGUCAUGACGAGGAUGAUUGAUAGCAUGAUGUCGGAUAACGGCGUUUUGCUCACAAGGAAGAGCUCGAGGCGGACGAGUCUGAGGACGGGGAGUGAGGGUAGGUGA